AUGAAACCCUCUUCAACGUCUCUCGGAUUUGCAACGCCAAAUUAUAUGCCAUUAAGCGCAUUCCAAUUCAACAAGCCUUCUGAUCUGGUCACGGUGAACUUGAUACGGAAGCCCAGCGGUUUCGGAUUUCGAUUACUGGGAGGAAGUGAGGUAAAUGGAACAUUGCGUUUUCACCUAAACAUUCUAUUUUUAUUUGUUAUCCUUUGCGAUGAGAUUGUUGAAAUUGAUGGUCGUAACGUCGAAGGUGUCAGCCACGCUGAAGCCGUUUCUCUUCUGGAGCACGCUGCUCACAAUAAGCACGUGAAGCUGGUAGUGCGACGGCCAAGAAUGGGAGGAGAUCGUCGGCAAUCAUUUCAUAUGGAACGACAACCGGCUAAUGCUAUGAGUGCAUCAGGAGAAUAUGAUGUGACAUUGUCACGAAAGGAUACCGAUGGAUUUGGGUUCAUAAUCAUUUCGUCACUUAAUAGGAAUGGAUCCACUAUAGGAGGAGAUCGUCGACAGUCAUUUCAUAUGGAACGACAACCGGCUAAUGCUAUGAGUGCAUCAGGAGAAUAUGAUGUGACAUUGACUCGAAACGAUACCGGUGGAUUUGGGUUCAUAAUCAUUUCGUCACUUAAUAGGAAUGGAUCCACUAUUGCAGCUAUAAAAUGCUUAUGGAAAACGGGGUCCAUUUUCCCAGAACCUCUUUUCAUCUGGCAGGAUAAAAGUGGGAUAUUUUUUUCCAUUUCAGGACAAAUCCUGGAAAAUUCUCCAGCAGAGAAAUGUGGACGAUUGAAAGUUGGCGAUCGUGUUGUGGCUGUGAAUGGUAUUGACAUACUCAAUCUCACACAUGGAGAGAUUGUCGGAUUAAUUAAGGCAUCUGGUCUAUCUGUCCGACUUACAAUCGCUCCUCCUCUGCCUGAAGGUAGUCCAUUAGCGUCAAGUACUCUGAAUCGCUCCAGUGUCAUCAAUAUGUCCUACGCUCCAUCUCCACCGAAUUCCUUCGUCCCACCACCGCCAAUUUUCCAAAAUGGUGGCCUUUAUGCGACUGUAGGCAGGGGCUCAAACUAUACCGCGUACCCACAGUCGUCUACGACACCAGCACCAUUCUCCUAUACGAAUGGUUCCGUAUUUAAGGGAAUCACCUCACAGUAUUCUCCCUAUGCUGAUGUGGGACGACCCAUUUACUCCUCAUCACAUAUCAAUGGACAACUCAAUGGGAUGAGUCUGAACGAUCCCGUGCCUCCUGAGCAGGUUCGAGUUCAUUAA